GAACCAGUAACCAACAGAAAGUCAUGUAUUCCGAGAUGCCUCUGAUGAUUCUGGCCUGUUUUCUGGCAGUGGGGUCAGACGUGGCGAAUGGUUUGAGACGAACAGGGAAGGAGGGGGAAGAUAUCAAAAUUACAUGUUCUCACUCAAAUGCUUACGGCAACAAGAAGUAUUUCUGCAGAGGAGAAUGUGACUACGAAGAUAUCCUCAUAACCAGCGAAGGUCCAAACACAGCCAAGUAUCACAUAACUGAUAGAGGGAAUGAUUUCGAUGUGACCAUUUAUAACCUGGUGGUGAACGACUCAGGAUUGUACUGGUGUGGAAUAGACAGAGUUGGCGUGGACACGUAUACUAGAGUUGACCUCACCGUUGAAAAAGCUCCAGAGGUCACUGACACGUCAGGUCAAAGUAAAGACUCAACUCGACCCUCAGACACUGUGGUGUACAUCGGAGCAGGACUCGGGAUUUGCUUCACGAUUCUGGUUUUGGUCCUCCUUUUGCUCUUCCUCCUACGAAGAAGACGCUCUGCCGACCCAGAUGAGAAACCAGACGGUCGCUCGGCCAACUCUCCAGAUCCAGCAGUCAUUUACUCUGACGUCACUUUGAACAGAACAAGGUCACCUGGACCUAUGCCCACCAUCGUGCCACCAUCUGAAGCGGUCACCUAUUCUACCAUCAGGGGCGCUCACGCUGACUCAGUCUGACUUCCCUCUGUGUUGCAUGGACUUCCCCUGCCUCGUGCCUCAAGUGGCUGACUCCAGAUGUAGUAUGUGCAUAUAUACUUGUCGAACAAUAUUUCAGUGCAAAGGCUGGGCGAAUUUUGAUGACAGUUUUUGUAAUAUUUUAUAUAUACAUAUUAUAUUUAUUCGUGCAACCGCGCAUCCUUUUUACAUUUAACAUUUAGAUUUAGUUUCUCGCAAAUGUUUUGCUAAGUGUUUGAAAGUAAUGAACUUCAUAACAAAAAAAGAUGUCUCUUUUUAAUAAAUUAAACUUGACAAGCACAGUUUAAGGCCAUGUUCACACAGCAACGGCACCAGGUCCUUGACUGUGUGUUACGGAUCAUUGUUCUGUUGAAAUGUCCACCCUCUUUCCAUCUUCUGUACAUCAUCUGUCUCCACAUUUUCCAUUCCUCUUUCCCUUUAUUGUACUUAGUUUGUUAGGACCAUACGCAGGGAGAAACAGGCCCACACCAUGGCGUUCCCACCUCCAAACGUCAGUGCAGGUGUGGUGUUUUGGGGGUGAAGUGCAGUGCCAUUUUUCCUCCAGACAUGAUGUGCAUUUGGGACUCAUCUGAGCGGAAUGUAUUUCACAGGCUUGUCUCGAGUCUUGUGUGGUGAACUGACAUACAUGCCAUGACGUUUGAGCGCAUUACUUUUGCUUCCUUUGAAACCACUGCACCUGCUACUUCCAUGUCUUCCUGAGGCCCUUGGCUCGUGGACAGCUCUUCUGAUCAUUCUUUUCACGCCUCUCUGUGAGAAAUGUUGCCAGGAGUGUGGCUUGUUUAUGGCGACUGCAGCACCAGCAGUGCUGACUGGGACAUUCAGAGGUGUAGAAAUACAUCUGUAACCAAUUCCAUCAUGAGGUUUUGGAACAUGAGGUUGCUGAGGUCUUGAGAGAGCAUCUUGUUUUUACUCAUCAUGAGAAGAUUCUUUCGAAUUACUGGUUUGUUCCAGCUGAUGUUUGACAUGACAUGGACAUCUGUGGUUUAAAGUCAGGCAUAUGUGGAUCUCACAGGAUGUAGUCCAGAUGUAGUAGAAGUAUCAUGUCGAACGCACCAUUAGAAAUGUAUUUACUGAGUGAAAUGGUGAUUUGUUCAAAACCCAUUUCCCCCGCUGUAUGUGUGUGUGUGUGAGAGGGAGAGGUCUUGACAAGCAGGGUUUCCUCUCGUGUGCGUCAGAACUACCACAAACCAUUUCACAGGAACUGGCUGUUCUGAAGGGUCACAUCAGACUGAUGAGUUUUUUCACUGAAGAUGAAGCAGGAACCUGAGAAACUGACAAGGAUGAUCAGAAAGUACUGAGCCAGAAGAAUGGAGAUCAAUUCUCUGAUGGUUCUGCUCUGUUUUCUGGCAGGGGUUUCAGACGUGGACGCGUAUCAUCUGAGACUAACAGGGAAGGAGGGGGAAGAUAUCACAAUUACAUGUUCUCACUCCAAUGCUUACAGCAACACAAAGUUUUUUUGCACAAAAGAUUGUUCCCUCAAAGGUUCUCUAAUGACCAGCGAAGGUCCAAACACAACCAAGUAUCGCAUAAUUGAUAGAGGGAAUGAUUUUGAUGUGACCAUUUAUAACCUGGAGGUGAACGACUCAGGAACAUACUGGUGUGGAAUAGACAGAGUUGGCCUGGACACAUAUAAUAAAGUUCACCUCACCGUUGUUGAAAAGCCAAGGGAGGAGAAGAAAGAACCAGAUGAGAAGAAGAAUAGCAGUGCAACCAUGACGAAUGAAACUGUUGCGAAGAGGAAUGAGACUGUAAAUGAGGACAGUGAAACUGUUGAGGUGAAGAACAAAACUGAGGAGGAGAGGAACGUCACUGACACAACAGUUGAAAUAACAAAACCACCUCCAUCCUCAGUAACUGAGCAGCAUGUUGGAGCAGGACUUGGGAUUUGCUUUGGGGUUCUGGUGUUGGUCCUUUUCUUCUGCCUCCAACGAAGGAGAUACUUUGGAGGAACACCUGCCGACCUAGAUGAAAAACCAGACCGCCGCUCCACCGACUCUCCAGAUCAAGCAGCUGUCAUUUACUCUGACGUCACUGCGGACAGAGCCUUCCAGGUUCCUGCAGAUGACGCGCUCUACUGCAACAUGCCCUCCAGCCAACCCAGGAGCAUGGAAGGGCCUCCAUCUGAGGAGGUCACCUAUUCUGCCAUCAGAGGAGCUCAUGCUGAUCCAGUCUGACUUCCCUUCUCUGUUGCUCACUGUAGCGCUGCAUUCACAUCUGACUCCAUGCUGUUUAGUGACAUGUCGCCAAGUGGUUUCUGAUCCUUUCCUCAGAGAUCUGUCUCAGCUGACACUAGCCGAUGUCCCUGACUUUGCGACACUGAACAUGGAUAUUUUUGGAUGUAUUAUCAGGGAAGAACAAACCUGCAGUGCAAAGAUUUAGAUGAGUAAUGUGAUGAGUAAAGUUUUGUUUGUAAUA